GACUGAGAAGAGAGGAUAGAAAAGUAAUCCCCAGCAUUGCUUUAUUAGCGCCUUAGUUCCGCCUCAUCUCCUCGUUCUGCAUCCAGCCAAUCAUAACAAAUCUCCUCUGCCGGGCCGGUAACCGUAGCAACCCCCGCGAAGCUAAAUCUCUGCUCCUGAUUGGCUGGCUCAAACGGCUCUCGCCCGGCUUGGGGAAGAGCGCCUCUGAACAAAAGAAGAAGUCAACAAACGGAGGAGACGCGGCCUCUCCCCCCUUUCCUGACCCUUCCAGCCGCGGAAUGAGGCCCGGCAGCGGGAUUAGCUUGAGUUUUGUGGCCGAGCAGCGGAUUCGGCAGCUGGAACAGAAACUGCGAGCUAAAGAAGAAAGAAUAAUUGUGUUGGAAACAGAAAAUGCCUUUCUCCAUCUCAAGCUUGCAGAGACUCAAAGAACAAGUUGGAUGAUCUCAGCUGAAGAGUCAGAUAACCAUUGUGCUUCUUACAAGGAGAUGAAUUUCCAUGAAAGUGCCAGGUCCAUUUUAAUCCAGCUGUAUGGAGCCAUACAGAGAUUGAAGCAAGACAUGAAGAAUCUCCGCUUGUCUGCCCUUCAAUUUUCCAGGGAUGUCCAGCAUCAAGGCAAGAGUUUUUUCUACCAGAUUCUGACUGCUGUCCAGAAGCUACAGCUACAUAAUGAGGUCAUGCAAACAUUUCAGACUAAAGCUCUUGAACUUGAACAGUCUUUGCAUGAAGUCAAUGAGAGAUACCAGAAAGAAAAGCAAAGGAGAAAAGUUCUUCAUAACAGUUUAGUUGAACUAAAGGGCAAUAUCAGAGUACACUGCAGGAUCCGUCCAUUGUUACCAUUUGAUGUGGCUCUUGGAGAGCCAGCCUUUGAAGACAGGCAGAGAAACUUUUUGGAAAAAGUGGUGUAUGCAGCUGAUGAUGAAACUGUUGUCGUAAAAUGCAGCCGUUCUGGUCAUGCUUUGAUAAACAAGAUGUUCCAGUAUGGAAGAGUUUACAGUGCUUCUGAUUCACAAAUGACAGUGUUUGCAGAUGUAUCCCCUUUACUAACUUCUCUGCUGGAUGGGUAUAACGUGUGCAUUAUGGCUUAUGGGCAGACUGGGAGUGGGAAGACCUACACAAUGUUGGGUCCACAACCUGAAGAUAGUUGCACUUUUCUUCUAGAAGAUGAGUUAGAGUUAGGAAUUAUUCCUAGAGCCGCCGAAGAAGUAUUCAGGCUUCUUUCAGAAAAGUCACCAGGAAGCCAUUGGGUUGAGGUUUCUGUUGUAGAAGUGUAUAAUAAUGAAGUAUUUGAUCUUCUGGCCAAAGACAACUCUGGAAGAACAAGUGGUGUCAAAAGAGAAAUAAUCACAAAUAAGGAAGGAAAGAGUGAUAUCCCUCUUCUUACCUACGAGUCUGUUGGAGAUGCUGUAGAGUUCUUGGAGCUAGUGAAUAAGGGCCUUCAACUGAGAGUGAAACACCCAACUCUGGUACAUGCUCAUUCCUCUCGUUCUCAUCUAGUGGUAACCUUGUGUAUAACCACAAGGACUGUCUCAAUGGAUCACUUUGGUACUCCCUGGAUAGGUGAUCGUUCUAGUCAAAAGCUGACUAAAGAACAUUUCCUCAGCUCUCCGUAUGCAGUGAAAGAUGGCAUGCCCUCCUUUCCUUCCAGAGCUUCUUCGCCAGCCCAGUUUGUCAGUGAACCUAUGGAGAAGUUGAAAAGAGUGAGAACAAGACUUCAGCUAGUGGAUUUAGCUGGCAGUGAAUGUGCUGGUAUGUCUGGUGUGACUGGGCCUAUUCUGAGAGAGACCUCCUUCAUUAAUCGCAGCUUGUCUGCUCUAGCAGAUGUGCUUGGAGCCAUUUCAGAACAACGAUCUCAUGUUCCAUAUCGAAACAGCAAACUUACACAUUUACUUCAGGACUCCAUAGGAGGUGAUGCAAAGUUGCUGCUGGUGUUGUGUGUUUCCCCCAGCCAGAAGUACUUAACGGAGUCACUGCAAACUCUUGGAUUUGGAUCUCGUGCAUGUCAAGUUCAGAGAGGACAACCCAAGAAAAGAAAUCAGCUGGUGCUGAGCAAAUCUAAAUAAGAUAUAAUAUUACUGUGGAUUAAAGCAUUAUUAAUGAGUUCCUCAAGCUAAAUUGGCUCUUGUCAUAAAAAUGUAAACUACCAGUUAAAAUAAGCAGUUCUUAAUGCAGUAUUGGCAAGCUGUACACUUACUGAGCAAUAUCUUUCUUCCAAGAAUAACUGCACAUAUCAACAAAGAUAUAACAUAUAGGUCCUUGAGUUUACUUGUUCUUCUUUUGAGGAAGAAUAGUGGGAUGAUAGUCUUCUAGGAUGCAAAUCUUUCAGGAUAGCAAAAGGAAACCCCUUCUCCCAAUGAGAUCUCAAUGCUGCUAGUUAUGAAAUCUGAGCAAUGGGACUGUUCCAGACACUUCUGUAAUACAUAGUGGUAUCCUGCAUCCUUGCCAGUGAUGCCAUCACCCUUCUGCAGGCUUAAGUUAUGUCACAAGAUUUCAGUGAAUAAAACAAUAAUAAAAACUUAAUAGAAAAGCAGUAAGGAUAAAAGUGAAAAGCAUGAGAUUAAAAUAAUUAUUUCUCAUUUAAUUAAUUAGAUUAAAACAGUUAAAAUACCUGGUAGAAUAAAAAGUAUCUUUGCCUAAAAGACUCCAGGGUAAAUAUCAGGCAGGCCUAUAAGUAGGAAUUCACCCACUAAGCUGUAGCUAAAUUAUUAUUGACUUUGGGAAGUGACAUCCUGAAAAGAUUUUCUUCUUUAACAAGGUUCCUGUCACUUACAUGUGUAAUCAUAGGAAUGCUUAUUUGAAAAUAAGAAAAGAUGGCCAGAAUCAUAUUUCUUGUCCAGGGCAGUGUAAAUGCAAUGGCAUAAACUGCAGUAGCAAAUUGCCACUAAUUAAAAGGUCACCACUUGUAUUCCUAUCACAUGCCACUUGCUUCAUUUGGCAUACAUUGAGGAACAGACGUGGCAAGUCAUUAACUAGCAGCAUUUUGCUGCUUUGAUUUGUGCCUCUACACUUACCCAGUGUGAAUAACCAAUAGGAUUCUGGCUAUUAAAGAAAGUGAGAUGUACUUCUCAGUAAAUAUGCAGAAACCCAUAAGAGAUUUGUACUUUGGACCUCCUGUGACUAAACCAAAAUAAAAUAAAUUCUACUAAAUAAACCAGUAUAUGAAAGUUUGUUUGUUUUGUAAGUGAUAUAGAAUUCAGUUUUCCAAGAUUUUGAACAUACAGAGUUAAAGGAAGGCUUUUGACCUACUGUUUGGCCUACUGUUAAUAUUUCUCCAGGUGAAGGUAGAUGCUACCUGCCAAAUGCCUGGAGCACAGAAUAAGGGAACAAACAAUUUGGUACAUUUUGUGGAUAACAGAUCUAUAAAUAGUUAUGGCCUGGGCUUUACAAUAAUGUGACACUAAUAGGGUUUGUAAAAUAGAGCAGUAUUUACUUACUUAUUUACUUACUGUACUUAUUUAACUUUUAUACUGCCCAUCUGGAUGCAAGGCCACUCUGGGCGGUUUACAGCAUACAGUACUAAAACAAUAACACCAAAAAUACCAAACAUAAUGGUUAUACAACAAUCAAAAUAAAACUUAUAGUAUACAGUCAGUAAUAUAUAAAAAAGAGAGAUCAGAAUAAACCUAAAUAUAAUUAAUUAAACAGUAGGGAAUGAGCCCUAAUAACCCACUGUAUAUCCAGAGGGGGCGAGUAUAGAAUCUGGUGGAUGGAAAACAUGUAUUGAAUGGAGGUAGGACUUGGGCCAAAAUAAAGUAGCAUGGGGAGAUUUGUGUGUGAAUGUGUGUUUUGGAGCCUGCUGAUGGAGAAAAUUCCAGCUGGCUAAAUAUGCUGAAAGGUAUCUGAUCUCACUUUUUGCUUAAUUUUUUGGUGGUCUAAAUAUAAGUAUCACCUAUUCCUGCAUUGGUAUGCUCAGUUCGUAUAUAGUAACUGUUAUUCCAAACCUGAUUAUUUCAAUGUUCUGAAAACCCUCUAGUCAUUCAGCUGCCCUAAGCAGAGGGCAUCUAGUUCCCAGCCUUGGGUAACCCAGGGGUUCUUGCACUGCAGCUCCCAAGAAGCGUUCACCAUUAUCUGUGCUGGCUGGGGUUUCUAGCAGUUUCAGUCCAAGUAUACCUGGGUUAUCCUAGGUUGGGAACAACUGGUCUAGACAUAUUGUUAAUCUCAAAUGUGCAGCAGCUGUAUUUUGUGCAGAAAAUCAGAGAUGGAGAUUAGUUCCUUAAACACCCACAUGCUGCUCAGACACUGCAAUUAUGUGAGUCUAUCACCCUGUUAAAACUAAAGUAAGAAAAUCUGUUCUGUAAUUAGAAGCCCUGUUUUUUUACCUCUCCUUGGCAGUUGGCACAGACAAAUAAACAUUUAGCUCUUUUUUUCCAAA